CCCCCCCCCCCCACCCCAAGUUUUGCUUUGGAUUUUGGUGGGAGAAAAAAAAAACAAGAACCCAAAUCUUGCAUUUCUUGAUUCACUCAGAUGUGAAGUGUAUCAUUGAAUGGUAAUUAUUAAAGAUUAAUAAAAAAUGACUACUCUAUCUUUAGUAUCUGGUAACUGUGGGAGAGGAAAGGGAGACGAUUCGAAUUUCGCAAACGAGUUUCUGGGCAGUGAUUCUCACAAAAAGCUGUCGCGGAAUUUAACCACUAUCCGGUUCAAGGAUACGGAAGGUUCUAGAAGAAGUUUCCGCGUUUCCGCGGGAGUUAAAAAGGGAAAGAAGCACGAUUAUCCAUGGCCGGAUGAUAUUGAUCCGAAUAACAAGACACCGUUAAAUUAUCUCUCCUACUUUAAGCCACUCGAAGACAAACCUAAACCUGUCACACUCGCUUUCGAGAAGCCACUCGUUGAUUUGGAAAAGAAAAUCGUCGAGGUUCAGAAUAUGGCUGAUGAUACUGGAUUGGAUUUCACUGAUCAAAUUAAUGCUUUGGAGCUCAAGUAUCAACAGGCUCUGAAGGAUUUAUACAAACAUUUGACGCCGAUUCAACGGUUAAACAUCGCUCGACAUCCAAACAGGCCUACUGUGCUUGAUCAUAUAUUAAACAUCACUGACAAGUGGGUGGAACUGCACGGAGAUCGAGCGGGUUACGAUGAUCCGGCAAUUGUAACGGGUAUAGGGAGUAUCGAGGGUCGAAGCUACAUGUUCAUAGGCCAUCAAAAAGGAAGGAACACGAAAGAAAAUAUCAUGCGCAAUUUUGGAAUGCCAACUCCGCACGGCUAUAGAAAGGCUUUGCGAAUGAUGAAAUACGCGGACCAUCACGGAUUUCCAAUCGUUACGUUUGUGGACACACCUGGCGCAUUUGCUGAUCUAAAAUCCGAGGAAUUAGGACAGGGUGAAGCAAUAGCGUACAAUUUGAGGACAAUGUUUGGUCUAAAAGUUCCGAUUAUCACAAUAGUAACCGGUGAAGGUGGCUCGGGUGGCGCUCUUGCAAUCGCUUGUGCCAACAAAUUGUUGAUGCUCGAAAAUGCUGCUUUCUACGUCGCAAGGUGAAAUUUUUCUUACUA